AUUACUUGACGUAAAUCAAACAGUUUCUGACGGAAGCAAAGAAAAAAACAAAGAAGAGUGAUGGCUGAUUGGGGGCCGGUUUUUGUAGCUGUGAUUCUGUUUGUUUUGCUAACUCCAGGUCUGCUGUUUCAGCUUCCUGGCAACCGCAGGUGCUUGGAGUUCGGCAACUUUCACACCAGUGCUGCUGCUAUCAUCGUUCAUUCAGUUCUCUACUUCGGUCUCAUUUGCGUUUUCUUGCUUGCCAUCAAGGUUCAUCUCUAUAUUGGUUCCUAAUUCUUCCCCGAUGCAAAUACUCACCUCUACAUUGGUUCCUAAAUCUUCCCCCCUGAUGCGACAUUUCUUGUUUGUUUCUAAUUCUCUAAUGUGAUGUUAUUUGAGUUCUUAGUUUUCUUUUCCGUCGAUGUCCUACAGUUUUCCAUGUGUGUGAGCCAAAUAUGGAUCUUGGUGUAACAUAUAGGUGAUUUUAUCAAUUCAAAGCUACGAUGAUCUUGAGACUGAGUUGGCAAGGAU